AAUACCAAAGAUAAGAAAUCCACUUGUUUAUACAUUAUUGUCUCCUUCCAAAGUCUUGGAAAAGGUACUCAUUAAUUCACACACUCCUCGCCAUUUCUCUCAAUUUCCGUGUGUUGACUUUCUCGUUCAUAACAACUUUGUAUAAAAUUUUGCAAUUUCUCCACAACAAAUAUUUCAUUAUCAACGUUCACAAAUUUUAGUCCUCAAUCCAAUUCAACUUUUCACCAUUCUCUCUAGCCAAUACUCUUUAUUUUCCCCUUUUUUUUUUUUUUUGUGCCUAUUCUCAUUACAAUCAUAUUCCUUAUAUGGAUGAAAUUGAUGUUCCUUCACAUUUUCUUUGCCCAAUUUCCCUACAACUUAUGAAAGAUCCUGUCACACUUUCCACAGGAAUUACGUACGACAGAGAAAACAUAGAAAAAUGGUUAUUUUCAUUCCAAAACAAUACUUGUCCUGUUACAAAACAAACCUUAUUAGAAACCGAUCUUAAUAAUCUUAUACCAAACCAUACUUUACGUCGUUUGAUUCAAUCUUGGUGUACCCUUAAUGCUUCAUUUGGUGUUGAACGUAUUCCAACACCAAAAUCACCAAUAGAUAGAACACAGAUUCUUAAACUCCUCAAUGAAGCAAAGAAAUUCCCAGAAAAACAACUCAAUUGUCUUGUAAAGCUUCGUUCUAUCGUCUUCGAAAGCGAAAGGAACAAAAAAUGUUUGGAAUCUGCAGGUGCAAUAGAGUUUCUAGCUUUAACCAUGAAGAACAAUUUAAAUUCAAGUUCUCUGAGUGAAGCAGCUAUUGAAAUUUUGUUUCAUCUUAACCCUUCUGAAGAACAUGUUAAGAAUCUGAUAAACAAUGAAAGCAUUCAAUUUAUUGAGUCAUUGUUUCAUGUUUUGAAGCUUGGAAGCUACCAAUCUAGAGGUUAUGCAACAAUGCUGUUGAAAUCGGCGUUUGAAGUAUCCGAUCCGAUUCAAUUAAUAAGCGUAAAAAAGGCGAUUUUUGAAGAGAUAAUGAGAGUGCUAGUUGAUAAGAUCUCACAACAAGCUUCAAAAGCUGCAUUAAAACUACUUCUGGAGCUUUUACCAUGGGGAAGAAACCGAAUUAAAGCGGUUGAAGGAGGCGUGGUUUUAGUCCUAAUCGAACUUCUUUUCGAUGUUUCGGAAAGAAGGGUUUGUGAAUUGAUGUUAAUAGGUUUGGAUCAAAUUUGUGGUUGUGCAGAAGGGAGAGCAGAAUUGUUGAAUCAUGGAGCAGGAUUGGCUAUUGUGUCAAAGAAAAUUUUGAGGGUUUCUCAUGUUGCAAGUGAUAGAGGUGUUAGAAUUAUGAGUUCUAUUUGUAGGUAUUCUGCAAAUUCUAGAGUUUUACAUGAAAUGUUGCAUGUUGGAGCAGUUUCAAAGUUGUGUUUGGUGCUUCAAGUUGAUAGUAAUUUCAAGACAAAAGAGAGGGCUAAGGAGAUACUCAAAUUGCAUUCUACUGUUUGGAAGAAUUCUACAUGUAUUCCUGUUCCAUUGUUAUCUUCUUAUCCAUGAUUUCAUGAUCUAAUUUGGUCACAAUUAAUUCAUAAGAUUUUAUUUUUUGUAUACAUGGACAUGGUGAAAUUAAAGUUUCUGGUUUCGGAUUUUUUGGAUCCUAAUUUUAUGAAGGAAACAAUUACUUACAUUAAUUUGUGUAA